AUGACAUCCGAAGGUUCAUCUAAUCCUGAUAAAGGGAAAGAGAUAGUCAAAUGUAAAGAAAAGAGGCCACCAAAAAAGGCCUGCUAUGUUCUGAGGAUUCCUGGCAUUGUAGGAUCCAUAUCCAUUCCACCCCCUGCCACUAGGACCCAUAAUGCACCCAUACAGUCCCCCUCUCCAGCUAUUGUAUCAUCACCAUCCCCAUCCACACCUCUUGUGUUACCCACACCACCCCCUCCUGUGGUACCCACACCACCACCUCCUGUGGUACCCACACCACCACCCAUCUUUCAUCUACAAGAACCUUCUCCCUCAUUGUCUGGUGCUUUGCACAAUAUUGCUAUACCUUCCCCAUCAUCAAUCCCUUCUCCUAAUAUUGUUGGCACCUCAUAUACUACUGAUGCUAUUGAUGUUGACCCUCCUCUUCAUGAGCAACCCAUGAUUGAACCGUUUAAUCGAGGGUUUCUUCCUUCUAGAGUUGCUUCCCAGGCCAUCACACGGUCUAUUAAGCAACAAUUUAUGACAACUUGGCCGUCAUGGGGAGCAAUACCUCCAGAAGACAAAGAACAUUUCUGGCAACAUUUUAAGAGGAAGGUGCAGUGGAAACCUGAGCAUGAAGCAGAAAUUCAUAAAAAUUUUCACAAUAAAGCAUCUCAUAGACUAUCUGAGAUGUUUAGAGAGGCUAGAAAUGCAGGCCAACGACCUUACUGGCUUGGGGAUGAUGUUUGGAAUAAUUUGCUGGCACAUUGGAAUUCUCCUGCGUACCGCAAUAAGUGUGUGACAGCCCAAAGGAACCAAGGUUCCAAAAAGGGUGGAAGCCUACACACCGGGGGUUCCAUUACCACCCAUGAGCAUGCCAUUCGUAUGGCAAAGGAACUAGGACGAGCUGCUCAUAUUGAUGAGGUGUUUCAACAAACUCAUAUGCGCAAAGGAACUGACCAGAACAAUUUGAGAACAGACUUUCACAGGUCAGAUCCGAACAAGGCUCAUGUGUUGGUGGAUCACAAGAUAUCAUUGAUGAUUCUGCUGCAGAUGAUACAAAUAGGACAAAGUGUUGGGUUGAGGUUGUCGGGGGGUAAGAAUAAAGGAAGAAUAUAUGGGACAGGACAACUUGCAGGUGGAAGCAGUGGCAUGAAGCCCCAAUCUACUGCAUCCACUUCCAGUGCUGAAGAAGUUACCUUCCUCAAACAACGACUACAAGAAACUGAUGAAAAACUAAGAGCAACUAAUCAACGAUUGCAAGAAAAUGAUCAGGCUUAUGCAGAAUUGAAAGGUCAAUUUCAGUCGUUACAAAACAUACUCCUCACACUUUUGCCUCCUGACUAA